AUGUGGAAUCGAAAACCUCGGCCAGACAAUGAAGAUGAUCUUGCUGCAAAUACACUAGAUAACGCAAACAUGAUGGCUAUGGAUCAAUUAGUUGAUUCUACUACAAGAUUACUUGACCAUACAAAAAAUUUACAUUCACAUAUUAGAAGUGAUAAAGAAAGACUAGAUAUUGCACUAGAAUCCGGAUUUAGGGCAAAUGACGUUAUGGGGCAAGGAAGAAACUUUAUCAAAGCAAUUUCAGAUGAUCCGACAGGUAUAGGCAUUAUGAAAAUUGCAUUAGUUACAUUUGUUUCCUUAUGUGUUUUAUACUUUGGUGGAAAAGGUAUAUUCAAGUUACUUUUUAGGAAAUAA